CUCUACCGGUUCGUUCCUUCCUUCUCCUCCACAUCAUCAUCCCUGCCACGAAAAUAUUUCCAUUUUCUCUCUUCCGUCACAGAAGCCGAAAGGAAACAAAAGCAGAGAGACCAGACAAAUCCAUAUGUACUAAUUUAUACAUAUAUAAUAGGCAAAAAAUGCUCUCUCUCUCUCCUCUUCUCAGAGAAACUUCUGAUCGUGUUUCUCUUAUUGCGAGCAAAUCUCUCGAUCUUGUAUUCUUUCUCUGAUAGACUCUGUCUAUCCAUAUAAAACCCUGCUCUGGCUGGCAUUUCCACCUUCAUUCCAUUUUCUUUGAGAUUUCAAGUUGUGCAAAUGAUUAAUGGCGGUAGAGAAUCCUCAGGAAUAGAACUGAGGAUGGCGUCUUGGCUUGUGUGAAGUUUGUCCUGCUGCAAUUUUCUACUGCCAAUUUCAGUGGAAGAAAUUUCUUUUUCUAGUGUUCUGUUGUAAAACCAAACAUGACUUAGGGUUUUAUAUUCAGCCCCUUUUUGAUGUAUUCAAUGUGUUGCCAAUCUGUUCCAGAAGUGUGCCAAUGACGCUUUUUGUAGCAAUCAAGUUAUUGUAAAAAGAAUGGUUCGCCAUUCUUGUUGUUGCAGUUAAUAUUUGUUCUUGACAGUCUGAAGCAUAAACAAAGAAGAAGAGGAACAAGGUGCAAACCAGACCUAAGUCCCAUACAUCUAAUGGGUAAUAAGCUGGGAAGAAAGAGACAGGUGGUGGAUGAGAGGUAUACAAGGCCUCAGGGGCUGUACGUUCAUAAAGAUGUUGAUAUUAAGAAGCUAAGGAAGCUAAUUCUUGAAUCUAAGCUUGCUCCAUGCUACCCGGGAGAUGAAGAAUGCUGUCACGAUCGUGAAGAAUGUCCUAUUUGCUUUUUGUACUAUCCGAGUCUCAACAGAUCAAGAUGUUGCAUGAAAGGCAUUUGUACAGAAUGCUUUUUGCAGAUGAAAAAUCCUAAUUCAACUCGCCCUACGCAAUGCCCUUUCUGUAAAACCUCAAAUUAUGCCGUGGAGUAUAGAGGUGUAAAAUCAAAGGAAGAAAAAGGCUUGGAGCAGAUUGAAGAACAGCGUGUUAUAGAAGCAAAAAUUAGGAUGCGGCAGCAGGAGCUGCAGGAUGAGGAAGAAAGAAUGCAGAAAAGACAAGAACUGUGUUCAUCGAGCACAAACGUAUUGGCUGGGGAAAUUGAAUAUGGCUCAACAGCUUUUCCAUCGCGUAGAUCUACUACUGAAAGUGAAGAAAUUGUUUCUGCUCAAGAUUCAUGUGUCACAUCGGCAGUGAGACAACAUUCACACCUUAGGGGAAAUAGGGAUGAUGAGUUUGACCUUGAUCUUGAGGACAUAAUGGUUAUGGAAGCAAUCUGGCUUUCCAUCCAGGAGAGUGGCAGACACAGAGAUCCAGCUUAUGGUGAUGUUUCUGCUUCUGAACAACAUGUUGCAGAAGAUCGUUUUGUGUCCCCAGCUAUGGCAUCAGUGGCAGGGUCAUCAUCAUCUCCUUCUGGUGGUCUUGCUUGUGCAAUAGCUGCUCUUGCUGAACGUCAGCAGAUGGUUGGAGAAUCAUCUAACAACCCGAAUGGAAUUGCAAAUAUGUCAUCUUUCAGCAUGCUUCCAUGUAGUGGUACGUAUUACAACAUCGGAGACCAGGAGGCUGAGAAUUAUCAUCCUGUCUCUGUCCAUGCAUCACCAGCAAUGAUAAGUAAUGAUGGAGAAUGGGGGGUAGAUCGCGGAUCUGAGGUGGCUGAAGCUGGGACGAGCUAUGCUAGCUCUGCUGUGACAGAAGAUGCUGGGGGAAUUUCGACAUUAUCAGAUCCAGAUGAAAUUGGGGAUAGAUUCCAAAAUGUUCCAGCACCCAUUAUUCCUGAGAGUUUUGAGGAGCAGAUGAUGUUGGCCGUGGCUGUUUCUCUGGCUGAGGCCCGUGCAGUGACAAGUGGACAGGGAGUUUCAUGGCAAUAGUUCAAAAACAAAGCUUUCCAAUUUAGCUGCCAUCCAGUUGAAUGGAUGAUACUGACCAUGAUUUCAAAAAGGUGAGCUGAAGUCUUGUGCAGGUGGUAAGUACAAGACUAGGUGCAUGAAAUUAGUUGAAUGGUCAAGUCUGUGAUGAUUCUCUCUUUUCCUCGCAUUGUCUAUCAGUCCAUAUAUAGAUGCCAAAAGAAAACAGAUUAGUUUUAGUUAAAUGGAAAAAGCUUGCUUGCUUAUGGUAUUCAUUACGAUUCUCUUCUUCCUUUCUUGUCCAUAUUAAUUACAAGCUUGUCUGCAAGUCUGACUGAGAUAAUCAUUUUAUGGUAUUCUUUUCAGAAUUAUUUGGCCCAA